UAACAUGAACAUUCGAACUUGAUUUUGAUAGACGUGAUUCCUUCUUAGGAGGAGCCAUUCAUCGAAGUUGAUCAUUUUGACAGGUCUAGUGGCAUCUUAUUAGGAAUAAAUAGUUGUAGAAUUUCACAGACACCACAACAGAGUCACUUAAAUUAUAGGCAGCUUAGUUCUCAACCAAAUGACCAAUGAAUGCCUUGACCCUUGCCCUCUUUAAUCUCUAUCAUGAGGAGUAACCCAAUUCCGCGUCACAAUUGCAGGAGCAGAAGUAAAGGAAAAAAGCGCCUAUUCCAUUCCAGCUAGACCUGCCAGCACACUCUGCUGUCCAAACUCUGUUGUAUAUCUUCCUCCAUGUUCCUCUGUUCUUAUUCAAACAUCUGCUGCACUUGAAAUUAAGCUCAUCAGCCAUCCUUUUGCCACCUCUCUAUCCACAUUUCUUGCCGCCACCAGCCAUUGUGAGAUUAUCCUCCCAAUCUUUCCACAUAUUAUUACUUUUGCUUUGAGACAUUGGACUUUUCCAUUGAAUUCCUGAUUUGAACUUUACUAGCUUGUCAGAAGCACAAUCAGCAAGGUCCCCAUUUCAGGACCUUCUCGUAAUAGCUCGAGUUGAAUUGCAAUGUGAAGUCUAUAUAGGAAGUCUAUGUCAUUUCGUAACUGUAAAUGAACUAAAUAUAAUAUAUUGGAAACAAACCAUGAACCUCACUUUCUCCUAGAGUACUCUCAGAUGUGGACUUGUGAGAUUCCAACUGCAAUCAAUCUACAGAGACAUGCACAACAGCAAAAUCAUUCCUUCUGAUCAGGCCAGCAAAAAAAUGUGACUCGCUACAAUGAAGCAAGAGGGCAGCUUGGGAACUAAGCUGCAAGAGUUUCCGCACAAGUAGACAGACAAUCAUAUCCAAUCAAUCGUCUUGCCGAAAGCCUAUGCUCGAGUAAUUUACAAUAAAAGAUAAGAAUAUCAACAUGCACGAUGUGAAGGUGCAGAAACCUUUUCAACCACCAUUGACUUCAACCAAUCGUCUUGCCUAGAGCCUGCUCAAGUAAAUUCCAAUUCAAGGUUGAAUCAGAUUGCCAACAUGUACGACGUCACACUGCAGAAACCUUUUCAAUCACCAUUGAGUACCGACAGAGCCAUUGUAUUAAGCUUCUCUUUGCAUCAAUCUUAUUAUUAAUACUCAAUAAUCAUAUGAACAGUACAACAGUAAAGCACAAAUGCUUUCAGAAGAUCCCAUCAAGCAUGACACAGUCAUGUGGCUAACUGAGUAAACCUUCUAUUUCCACAUUAGGCCAUUCGAACAAGCAAAAUUAAUAGACAGACAUCAGGAUCAAUCAUCAUAGUAAAGGAUCAUAUGGAAAGUACGACAUCCAAAAACAGAAUUUCUAUUAUAAUUCCUAAGUCACAUCAUCAUAGUCAAACCAUCAUAGGUCACGAGUCUCGGUACUUGACUACAUAAUUGUCAUAUCAAUAGCUUCAAUAAUGAACCAACAAGGAUGAGAUGUUUUCUUGCUUGAUAUAUAUAGCAAAAUACACCUUCAUCCACGAAGGACUUAACUGCACAAUACUUCUAAAAACUGGAAUAGAGGGCAGCUGCAGCAAAUGUACUAUCAAGUAAUCAUGUCUAUCUUAAACAUAACAAAUAGCAUUUUCUUGGCAUUCCAGUUGGAUCAUUCAAAAUUUCCCAUAUAUGACGAUUUAGGACUUUCAAUACGGUCUUUAUCGAAAUUGAGAUGGAGCAGAGGGGUAACCGAUGACGAUCAUCUCAGAGUAACACACAAAGGGACACAACGGUUUGAUAAACCAUUACCUGACAUCGCGGAUAGUAAUUCUUUGUAUUUAUAAACAUAAAGGACAAUGUUUUCUAGUAUUCUAGAUAGAUCAUUCAAAAGUUCCCCUCCAGGCCUCCAACUAAGGACUUUUGCUACUGUUAAUCUUAAACAUGAGAUGGAGCAGAGGGGCAGCAACUGAUUAUGAUAAAGAAAAGAAACAGAAUAUUUUGAUAAUCAGAACCUGACAUAAUGGACAGUGGUAUUUUGCUAAAAUCAUUCAAAGUUGCCCUCUAGGACACCAAUUAGGACUUCCAGCAUAACAACCUGUCAUUGAAGUUGAGAUGGUGCAGAAGCGACAACAAUUAAUGAUCGUCUCAGAAUAACACACAAUGGGUUAUAAACAACGGACUCAAUUUAUGACCUUGUCUUCGACAAAAUGGAGCAUAAGGGCAAGUGGAAUGGUUAAGUAAUAGCUUGGACAAACAGCGUUCUUACUCGAACAUAGCCAUCAAUCUAUGUAUUUUCUCAAUCAGUAUUAAUCAUCACAAAGUUCCCAUAUAGGACUCUAUUUAGGGAAGUCAAUGUGUAUGAUAGAGCAGAAGGGCAACUAGAAUAGAGAUAAUUUCAGUUGCAGUAACAACAUAACACAACUUUCGGUCCAACUUCCUCACUCUAACAUGGCCACCAUGCCAUUUUAUAAGUUGAGUCACAUCCAGGACUCUAGCUGAGGCAUUCGGACUAGGAUAGAGCAGAAGAGAAACUGGAAUGAUCAUAGAUUAUUUCAGUUGUAGAAACAAUGGGACACAACUUUCCUACCAACUUCCUUUCUCAAACAUGGCCACCAUUACGUGUCUUUACCUGUUUGAAUCUCCCCUCUAGGACUCUCUUUAUAAUUCUCACUUAAUAGCAUAGAGCAAAAGUGUAACUUGAAAGGUUAUAUAGUCACUUCAAGAGAAACCAACAUGGCCACGGAUAUUACUUUGUGUGUCACCAGAUUAACAUAGGGUCAACAAGGAGACUGUAAUUGAAUGGAACAACCAAAACUGUAAGUUCAUUCUAGCUAUGGGACAAGCAGUAGGAUACAUAAUGCAGUUUGCAAAGCUUGAAGAAAUUUAAUAAUUGCAAAUGGGGCCACCAGAGGGCAAUAAUCGGACAGCCGCAUUGAGCUACUUCAACAAAAGAUAUCCAUUCACAUCUUAUUGCAGCAAGUUCAUUGAUGAGAAAAUCAAGGCAAUUCAAAGAUCUUCCAUCCCUAUUCAAGAUUCUAGCAACAGAGAAGGGACAUUAAGAACCAUAUCACAGCAAGGACCUAUCCACCAAACAAUGAAAGAUCGGCAUGGACAUUCAACCUUUCCAGCCUCUAUGUAUAUAUCCUCAUCAUGCCAUUUGAAUGGGAAAAAUAAAUGAAGGGGAGGCAGGAUAGAUUACCAAAGAAUCUGCAUCUUACCAAUAGUGGACGGACAUAAAAGAAGACCACCAUCUUUCCGUCAGGAAGUAUCACCAGAACUACAUUACAGGAAUGCAGCCAGAGCUUCUAACAUAGAAAAGAAACCCAGGAAGUAUCACCAAAACUCCAUUACAGGAGUUGCAACCAGAGCUUCUAUCAUGGAAAAGAAACCCAGGAAGUAUCACCAAAACUCCAAUACAGGAAUGCAACUAGAGCUUUUAACAUGGAAUAGAAACAUGGGUUUCAUAAGCUGGAAACAAAGUCGAAGGUCAUCUAUCAAAUAAGAAAUGAACAAUCAUAAGGCACGUAAGACCACCAGAAAACACAGUUUCUAUUCUUCUUUCAAGCGGCAACAUCAUGGUCACACUGUCAUGACUGGUGUGUCUCUGCUAUUCACCUCAUAAUCAGUUUACAUUAUUGUCAUAUCAACAACUUUAUCUAUGAACUAACAAGGAUGGACUAUUUUCUCGCUAUAGCAUAAGUACUAUUCAUGAAGUUAAAUUAAGAAAACGAAACUAUAAUGAAUAAGUACUCAUGUCAAUUUUGAACGUAACAGAUAGUACUUCCAAGUAUUCUUGUCAUAUCAUUAACCCCUAGGAUUUCAAUUUAGGGCUUCCACAGUUAACAUUGGGACCGAGCAGAGGGGCAACCGAAUGUUAUCAUCUCAAAAUAACGGGCAAAGGGACACAACAUCUGGAGCAACAACAUGGUAACCAAUCCAUAUCCAUCUCGGUUAGUAUCAGUCACUACAAAGUUCCAUUCUAGGACUCCAUUUAUGACUGUCUUCACAAGAUAGAGCAGAAGGGUAACCGGAAUGAUUAAAUAAUUACUGGAAUUUCGGACAGACAACGUUCUUACUCAAACAUGGUCACCAAUCCUUGUAUUUUCUCAUUCAGUAUUAAUCAUUUCAAAGUUCCCAUCUAGGACUCUAGUAAGGGCAUCACCGAGUAGGAUAGAGCAGAAGGGCAACUGGAAUGAUUCAGGACAAUUUCAACUUUAGGGACAACGGGACACUUGCGGACCAACUUUCUUUCUCAAACAUGACCACCAAUCAAUGGAUUUACUUGGUUUCAAAUAAGCAUUCCAGAAUCCCCCUCUAGGACUCCAGUAGUAGUUUCCACUUUACUAGAUAGAGCAGAAAGGUAACUAUAGUGUCUAAAAGAUUGAUUCAACCAGCAUCAACAUGGCAUUAGAUAACCAUUUGUGAUCACCAUACUACAAAGGGUACACAAGGUGACAUUGAUUGAAUGAAACAUUGCAGAAUUC